AUGAAUGAUCACAACAGUCCAGUGGAUAAUUCGUCUCAACAUAGAGAGAGCUCAACACCUAGCCCUGCACAUUAUACACCUCAGGUGAUGAUGUCUCAUCCUCCUCCUUCAAUUAAUCAAGAUCAAGACAAAAGGAAUGUAAAACCUCCAAAGGCGCUUCAUGCAGACCCUUUUAUUCCUUCGGGAACGUUUUUUGAAGAACGAUACCUAGGAUUACCUCCCGCGAAAGAUGAUCUAUAUAAUAACGCCAUUGCAAAGAUAAAAUUCGAGCAAAAAUCUCAUAAUGAUGAUAAUGCUUUGGUAAGACACAAGAAGUAUCUUAAACAAUUACAACAACAAAAAGAGUCCGAAAAGAUAGAACGGACAGAGAAACAACUAGAAUCGGAAAGAAAAAAACAGCAAUUUGCUGAUACUCAAGCCAAGAUAAGGCAUGCUUUGAUCAACGAUUUUGACAUGACAAAGGAAAAAGUAGAAGAAUUAAUGAAUACAAAAAAUCCGUGUCCUAAAGAAAUAGUAGGGGAGGAAAAGUCAAAACAAAAGAAGAGUAAAAAGGAAAAGCCAGAAUGGGCAAUGACAACUGAAGAAAUAGAGAAGAAAGAAGAACAGGAAGUCGAGGACGUUCUGGACUUUAUAAACAAUCUUGAUUUCGAAGAGUAUAUUAAUGAUUUUGAGAUUAAAGAAGCGUUGUCCGUAAUUCAAGAAAGAGUCACAGAGAUUCGUGCAAGCAAGGAAAAGAGCGCAAACGAUCAAUUACCACUGGAUGCAGUAGACAAGAAUGUAAAUCAAGCUACCUUUAAAAAAGAAGAUGAUGUAUGCUCAGUUAUAUCAUCGACGUCUAGCAGGUCAGAAAGUUCAAUCAAAAAACGAAGACCCAUUCUUGAAAACAGUGCCCAACAUGAACAAGAAUGGAAUUCUUCCACAAAAUUAGAGGACGGAUCAAAAACACGAGUGAUAACUCUCACAGGGAAUUCUGACACAGCUGAAAAUAUUGCGAAAAUUCACUCAAAAGCAUCUCUUGGACAAGUUGUGCAAAAAGCAUCGUCCUAUACUGUUCCUAUAGUGACACAUCACGAAAAACACCACGCACAGCCUACUUUGCAUUUCGCAGGAGAAAUAAUCUCGACAGACGACAGCGGUAAUCAAGAACGAGUUCUCGUUAAAAUGAGAAAAGACAAGACGAAUGUACAAAAUUUACCUUACAUGUAUAGAUGUCCCUCAAUAUAA